CGCCGCUCCUCUUCCCCACUCCACCGAUCACAACUCAGAGCCACCACUAGCUUUCUUCCUCGCUCCAAAUUCGCCAUUUUUCCUUCCAUAUAUCCGACCUACCCAUCCAUCGAUCUCACCUCCGGUCCGUCGCCAUCGAUCGACUCAUCCACGGAUAAGCACCUCCGGGUUCGAAGCUCUAGCGGGGAGCAUCGCGCGCCAUGCUUUGCUCCGGCCGCAUGCUAGCCUGCAGCGGCCUGAGCCCCGGGAGGCUCCGGCCGCCGCGCGCCUACGCUGACCGGCUGCGGCCCCCGCUCCCCGCCCGCAGGUGGCGGGUCGCCGCCUCCGCCGCGGCGCCCGGCGGUUCCCCCGACCUGCCGUCGUCGUCGUCGAAUCCCCCCUCGUUUGGCGCCGGGGACGAUCAGGCCGCGGCGGCCGCCGCCGCCGCUUCCUCCUCAGGGUUUUGCAUCAUUGAAGGUCCAGAGACAGUCCAAGAUUUUGACAAACUGGACUUGCAGGAGAUUCUGGAUAAUAUCAGGAGCCGCCGGAACAAGAUAUUCUUGCAUAUGGAGGAGAUUCGCAGACUGAGGAUACAACAAAGGAUUAAAAAUGCUGAACUUGGAAUCGCAGUUGAAGAACCUGAUGGUGAACUCCCAGAUUUUCCAUCGUUCAUCCCGUUUUUGCCUCCCCUGAGUGCAGCUAAUCUGAAGGUCUACUAUGCUACAUGUUUCUCUUUGAUUGCUGCAAUAAUGGUCUUUGGUGGAUUUCUUGCACCAAUUCUAGAACUUAGACUUGGUGUAGGAGGCACUUCUUAUGCGGACUUCAUCCGCAAUGUUCAUUUGCCUAUGCAAUUGAGUCAGGUAGAUCCUAUUGUGGCAUCCUUCUCAGGUGGAGCAGUCGGAGUUAUCUCUGCCCUGAUGGUUGUUGAGAUAAACAAUGUCAAACAGCAGGAGCAUAAACGGUGCAAAUAUUGUUUAGGAACUGGGUACCUGGCUUGUGCUCGCUGUUCAAGUACAGGAGCUGUUGUGCUUACCGAGCCUGUUUCGGCCUUCAUUGAUGGUGAUCAACCUUUAUCUGCACCAAAAACAGAGAGAUGCCCAAAUUGCUCUGGCGCAGGAAAGGUGAUGUGCCCAACAUGCCUCUGCACGGGGAUGGCAAUGGCGAGUGAGCAUGAUCCUCGAAUUGAUCCCUUUGAUUAAAAGGAUAUCUUAGUUCAGGAAUUCUCGUAUCAUUAUGUAAGGUGUUUGUAGAUAAUAGAUGAACAGUCACGUCAGGGAUUCGAGGCUUAUAAUUAUGAAUAGGGCACCAUUUGGUACACCAACGAAUCUGUGUAGACCACGACAUGAAUCUGUAGCACCAUAUCAUACCCAUCAUCUGUAACACCAUAUCAUACCCAUCAUGUGUAACAACAUAUCAUACCCAUCAUCUGUACUAUCAGUCUCUUGCACUGUUCAGCGGCUUGAACUGAACAAUGCAGGAGUGUAUGUUUAUCAAAGCAAAUAAAACAGUGUAGAAUAUGUUUGUAACCA